AUGCAAAUGGUCAAGGAUGUUCUAGCCAACAGUGAUAAAGUUUCAGAGGUCCUACAAGAGUCUACUCAUCAGUUCAACCUGCUUACUUCACCCACCUUCCUACCAAAGGUCAAGGAUCAAGGGAAAUUCACUCUCCCUUGCACACUUGGGCAUCUUGAGAUUGACAAUGCCUUAGUGGAUUCUGGAGCAAGCAUCAAUCUGAUCUCUCUCUCCAUGGCAGAGAAGCUAGGCAUAGCUGGAGCCUUGCAGCGCCCUACUACUUCAAUCAUGUUUGGAGAUGCAACUUCUAAGUCUCCUCUUGGAGUGUUCAAGAACUAUCACUUGAAAAUUGGAGAAUGCAUCAUCCAAACUGAUCUCACUGUGAUGGAAAUGGAAGAAGAGAAGGAUUUGCCUUGUUAUUGGGAACCCCUUUCCUUACCUAGAGGUUCAGACUUUUGUGCCACAAUUGACAGUACCAAUCUCAGUUCUAAGAGUCAUGGAGCUACAAAGGUUGUGAAGGAAAGGGUUGACAAGGAACCAAGAGUUGGGAAGGAUAAGGAUGAGAGAGGACCAAGGAUUGAGAAGCCACGUCUUGAGAGGGCUAGAGUUGAGAAACCACGAUCUGAUAGGCCAAGAGCUGAGCGACUUGUUCAAGCCCCUUGUGUGCUUGAUGAAGAGAGCCUUCAAGCUUUGUUUGAUGAGCCACUAGGAAGGGCUCUAAAGAAGGGGAGGAUGCAGCCUCUAAGGCAAGACCAGGAGAUAAAAGAAAGGAUCCACCAGCUCAGGCCCCUUCAGUCAAGCCAUCUCAGCUCACAAUGA